AUGUGUAAUGUCUUCCGGAUCGUAGUGCUUAUAGUGUCUUUGGGAAAAGUUCGGAAUGGAGGUACAGACCAAACGACGGAAAAAGAAACGCGUCCAGAGUAUAUCCACCCUGAUGGUCUUUUGAACUUCGAUCCAUACUUAUCUGACUUCAAGCCAGUAGUGGAAGAAGAUGACUACAUACCGUUACCAGAAAACGACGAAACUAUUGAUGGGCUACCAAUAUUUUUGAUCGAACCAAAAAAUUCCUAUGUACUGAGGAGUAAGCCAGCAACUUUGCUAUGUAGAGCUGCAAAUGCUUUGCAAGUAUUUUUUAAAUGUAAUGAUGUAAGGACAGAUAAAACGAUUCAGUUAGAACACGUGGAUCCUCAAAAUGGUGUCAGAGUGGUUGAAGCUGAGUUAAAUGUAACAAGAAAUGAGUUGGAUGAGUACUUUGGUGGGAGGUACAGUUGUGAAUGCUAUGCGUGGAAUAGCAAAGGAAAGAUACGAAGUCAGGGAGUGUUUAUAGAAUUUGCUUAUAUCAAGAAACAAUUUGCACAUCAACCACAAUCAGUGACGGUGGAAUCGGGACGUCAAGUUAGCUUUCGCUGCAGUCCGCCACCGGCGGCACCACCUGCUACCAUCAAGUGGAUGAGGAACGGUGCCCCAGUGGAGGCUACUGAUGAAACCCUCGUGCUACCAAGAGUUGGUUUGCAAGAUAUGGCAAACUAUUCAUGUGUCGCUGAAAAUAUUGCUGGGAAACGAGAGUCAGAUGUUGCCAUACUAUCCGUAUAUGUUAACGGUGGCUGGUCAGACUGGUCCCCCUGGGCCCCCUGCAGGUGCGGGGCCCAGACUAGUGGAAGAAGAAGAACUCGAACAUGUACGGAACCUGCCCCUGCUAAUGGAGGUGCCCCAUGUAGGGGGCAAGGUUCACAGAGCGAUGAUGACUGUUUAAGAUGUCAAAACGGUUCUUGGUCACCCUGGAGCGUUUGGUCAGUGUGCAGUGAAGAAUGCGUCAAAGUUCGUCGAAGACAAUGUAUUGGGACAUGUCCGGGCUCUACUUUGCAACAUGCUACUUGCGUUGACGGCCUCUGUUCAGCGGGCUUCAGGCUCUACAAAAAUAACUUGACUCUAUACGUGGGUAUCGGCAUCACAGUAGCCAUGUUGGCGGCCGGCGCAGCUAUUCUCUAUGUAUGGUGCAGAUAUAAGACUGUGAGGCCAGGGUAUACUCCAGCUAGGACAGGUAUUCCAAAGACAUAUUCAGGAAGAGACAAAGGUAAUACAGCACCAGAUUUGACUCGCACUUGUAACGAAUAUUGGAUGCGACCAGACAAUCAUUAUGACAUGCCUCAAUUGAGGGAUAGCUACGCAUCGCCAUUCGGUAACCGAAGUAGGCAACAGUCGUCAGCGGGAAGUAACCACUACGAGAUGAAGCCCUACAGCCCUUCUGGGGACUCUGCAUCUAGUUGUUAUACAAAUUCAAGAACAAUGACGUCACGAUCCAGCGAGUGCUCAUCAUCGCAGUUGGCUGAGCUGGUGACGUCGUCGCCCACCUCCCACUCGAAGGUGGACGUAGCUGUGACUCUCCCCCCAGGGCCUUUAGAUAAUAGCUAUAGAGAUAAAAUUUGUUUAACCAUAGUCAAA